GCGUUCCUCCAAUCUGACGACGAAUGCGACUGACAUGCGAUCGUACAGCUCCGCCACUCUCCUCUAUGCACGAAACACCUCUUUCUGACUUGCACAUCCGAGACUUGCACCUCUCUUAGCCCCUAACGUCACCAGUGACACGAGUCCGAAGCGACAUAGCGCUUGAAGGAGGAUAAGCUGGUCAUCUUACCGCUCCGACGAGCACGCGAACUCCUGGCCUGACCAUUCACCUCUACCACGCGCACGCUCUAUGGCUGAGGCAACACAAGCAGCAGCUCCUCCAGUGGUAGCUGCAGUCAGCGGGGAGCAAAAAGUGACGCCAUGGGAUGUAGAAGGAGCGACGAUAGAUGGGAAACAGGUAGCGAUAGAUUACGACAAGCUCAUUGUCCAAUUUGGAACGAAAAAGAUCGAUCAGGCUCUGUUGGAAAGGUUCGAGAAUGUCACGGGCUGGAGGCCUCAUCCGUUGCUGAGGAGAGGCGCCUUCUUUAGUCAUCGCGAACUAGACGUCAUUCUGACUCGUUUCGAGCAGAAGAAGCCCUUCUUCUUGUACACUGGCCGAGGACCUAGCAGCGAUAGCAUGCACCUGGGCCAUCUCAUCCCUUUUCUCUUUACAAAAUGGCUGCAAGACGUCUUUGACGCGCCCUUGGUGAUUCAGCUCACAGACGACGAAAAGUUUCUCUUCAAACCCAAGUUGAAACUGGAAGAUGUGCAGAAGUUUUCAAUCUCCAACGCUAGAGAUAUCAUUGCUUGCGGAUUCAAGCUGGAGAAGACUUUCAUCUUUUCAAACUUGGACUUUGUAGGCGGCCCCUUCUACCACAACGUGGUGCGCAUCGCGAGAACCAUCACCACGAGUCAAUCGAAGGGCACCUUCGGCUUUGAGGAUUCCGACAAUGUGGGCAAAUUGCACUUCGUAUCGAUCCAAGCCGCGCCAUCCUUCUCCAAUUCUUUCCCGCAAAUCUUUGGCGCAAAAAAGGACAUUCCGUGCUUGAUUCCGUGCGCAAUCGACCAGGAUCCCUACUUUCGACAGACACGAGAUGCGGCCGUAAAGUUGAAGUAUCCCAAGCCCAGCUUGAUCCACUCCAAGUUCUUUCCCAGCUUGCAAGGUAGCCAGACCAAAAUGUCUGCUUCGAACGAAAGCAGCAGUAUAUACAUGACGGAUACGGCUGCCCAGAUCAAGAAUAAGAUCAACAAGCACGCUUUCAGUGGAGGACAAGAGACGAUCGAGGAGCACAGACGAUUGGGAGGCGAUCCGGACGUCGAUGUGUCAUAUCAAUACCUCAACUUUUUUGUGGAUGACGACGAGGAGAUGGAACAGAUGGCGCAGGAUUACAGGAAGGGAGAGCUGAUGACUAGCGAGCUGAAAAAGAAGGCCAUCACUGUGUUGCAAGCUGUGGUGAAGAACUUCCAAGAUCGCAAGGCAGCAGUGACGCCCGAGGUCAUUCGGCAAUUUAUGGACAAGACCCGGAAGAUCGAUCACGAGCCGACCGAACCUGGCUCCACUGCCCAUUUGCAAAACGACGCUUUCGUAGGCCGAUCCACGACGCUCGACUCCAUCACGAGUGCCGUUGAGGCCGUGUCGCUUUGAGCUGUGCAAUGUGUACCAACUCGCAGCGCUCUUGUCCAACGCAUUUGGUAUGCUCCGGCAAUGUCGAUGCAGCUUGCACCCUCGUGAGCGUUGUG